GCGGUAAUAGGAGAGAAUGAAGUGAGCUGCAUGAGGAUGGUCAAUCAAGAAGCUUCGGUUUUGUUCUAGCGGUCGCCGGCAAUGGCGAUGGAAUGGUGCCGCAUUCUUCUUGUGCCUGUGUGCCUCUUGUCUCUUCUCAGCGCUUCUGGUGUUAAAGCAGAUGGAAAUGUUACGUUACACUCGUUGACAAUCUUUAGUACGCAUGAGUGGUUUGGAGCAAAACCAGAAGUGUAUUUCCAAUGUCAGGGCGAAGAUGUCGUGCAUUUACCCGAUGUUGAAGUAAAGGGUCAACUUUAUAAAUUUUCGGGACAGGAAUCUUGGCAGCCGCUUACAACUUUAGUAGGGAAGAAAUGUAAGCUAUGUGGACUCUUUGAGAAGGAUAUGCUUAAAGAUGACAAAUUCGAUCAGUGGGAGCUCUGCCCGUCCGAUUUCAACUCAAAUUCAGAUGGGGCUUAUUUUCGUUUGAAAGAAAAGGAGUUCAACCUUACCCUCUCGUGUCCAGACUGCAACAUCGUAGAAUCCGGAAUCCCUUAUGGAGUGGCGGCGGAUCCGGAAUUCACAAACGAACCUGAAAAGAAUAGAACGCACCACGGGUGGACAGCUGUUAUAGUAGUAUUCUCGUUGUUAUCAUUGGCAGGUUGCGCCUUUGUGGCUUACAGUCAAUGGCGUCGAAAACAAAGAGAAUUGCAACAAGCACGCUUUAUCAAGUUAUUUGAGGAUGAUGACUUUCUUGAUGAGGAACUUGGGUUGAAGGACGGCCUAUGACAACUUGGUUGUUAAGACGCAGCUCUUUCUAGGGGUUCACUAUUUGGAGGUGGUGAAAUUAUCAUUCAGAUAACAGGUAGCUGAAGGUUGAUGGACUUUCAAUAUUGGCUUAACAAUUUUGGCUGAAGGGUCAUUUAGUAUGAGGCUCCCCACUGCCACUUGAGAGGCAUCGAUUUGUGAGAGGGGACUCCACAUUUCUGUAACUUUGACUAUUCACCUCUCAGCAGACCCACCUUGAGUGUCUGUUGAGCUACGACACUUUCAACCCUUGAAGUACCGCUCAAGCAGAAUCUGAGCAACUUUUUAGGGGCAGAUCUGUAUUCCCAAUUCAUCUAUUUUUCUCUGCCUUUUUCAAU